CGGAAAGUAUAAGAUGUCUUUGGGAGGGAUGAGAGACGGUGGCUGAGAGACUCACAUCAAAAUGGCCGCAUUUUAGUCUACAGACGAUUUUUCUUUACUGUUUGCCAAUAGCCGUGUAAAGGGCCUGGCAGUGUUCUCCAAAGUGGCAGAUCUGUUUCGCUGGAAAUUUCACUCUUGAAUAACUUGAAAAUUUUCGUGAAAUAGAGCAAACUUCGUGUUUUAUUUCAAGUUCCGCAUAACUUUUUAUACGAUGAUACGUCACCAACAUCAUACAAUGCAAAACCAACUUAGAGAUCAUAAUAGAAUGGGAGGUCCGAUGCGUCCUAUGCAGCAGGCUAAUAUGGCCCCUUUACAUCAGCCUCAGCAUCCGUUACCGCAUCGGAAUCCACAUCAACAAAUACUGUCCAUGCCCCCCCAUCAACAACACAUUCAUCACAUGCAACAUCCUGGACCACCACAUGGAAAUCCACGACAACCAAUGUUGAUGAGCAUGAAUGCACACAAUACGAACGGCACCAUGGUUAGCGUCAGUUUAAAAGACCAAGCAAACACUGUCUCUGUGACUCUACAAAAUCCAAAUGUGCAACCACCACAAUAUUCACAGCAACCAAAUAAUCAACAGACUCCACCUUCUCAGCAACACGUGCAACAAUCACAGUCUAUAGAACAAAACAAACAAUCAACAAAUGAAAGCAACAAUGGAGAGUCCAGAGAUCAGAGUCCACCUACCCAAAAUCAUGUUAAUGUGACUGAUCCAGCUUUGGCAAACAUGAAAGAAAAGACACCGAUGUGCUUAUUGAAUGAGUUAGCACGUUUUAAUAAGAUUCAGCACCAAUAUAGGUUGACUAAUGAACAAGGACCAGCGCACAAAAAACGAUUUACGGUAACACUGAAACUUGGGCAAGAAGAAUACAUUGCUGAAGGUCCUAGUAUAAAGAAAGCUCAGCAUAGUGCUGCAACCGAAGCGUUAACCAAAACUUGGUAUCAACGGCCUCCACCGAAACCUACAAAGGCGAUGAGAGUAGCACAUCCAGAAAAAUGGUCCAGUGGUUCUGGUAGUUGCAUAACAUGUUCCUACAAUUAUAAAGCCAGAUGGAAUUUACCUCCAACCGUUGAAUUAAAUGCUUUGGCCAUGAAGAGAGGACAACCUACUGUUUAUACUAUUAGGCAAGCUCCACCGGCAGGAUUACAGCAAUACGUUACGCACGGUCUAGGACAUUUCCCUCGAAUAUUUAGUCCACGCUUUCCCACGUACAACCGUGAUUUUCACGCAGAACCUCAGUUGUAUUUUGUAUCUUUGAAGGUAGGAGAAUGUGAAUUCAUCGGGAAAGGUGUGACAGGUCAAGCAGCACGGCACGAUGCAGCGAGUAAAGCUUUGGAACAAUUGCGCCAAUUACCAUUGCCAGAAGUAGCAAAUACUUGUAAUACAGGGGAGAAUGGCACAUUGGGCGAUGCCAAAGAUCCGAUUGCCGAAUUAAAAAGUCCUGUGUCAUUAGUGCACGAAAGAGCAUUAAAACGUGGUUUACUCGUUAGUUUCGAAGUCGUAUCUGAAAUCGGUAAGCCUCAUAUUCGAACAUUUAGGACAAAGUGUACUGCCGGCGACAAAGUUACCUUCGGAGAAGGACCGUCGAAGAAAGUGUCAAAAAGACAUGCAGCGGAAUUCAUGUUGGAAGAACUCAAUCGUCUGCCUCCGUUGCCCGAGACUAUACAAAAUCGUCCGAUGCGAGUGAAACGUAAACCGCCAGCAACGAAAAAGAAAUCACGAAAUUUAAUAAAAGUGUAUCAGGACCGCUCCGAGUCUGAAGCUGCGGAAAAAGUAAAUCCAGUCUCGCGGUUGGUUCAGAUACAGCAGGCUAAACGAGAGAAGGAGCCCGUUUAUAAUUUAAUCGAGGAAAAGGGUGGACCAAGACGAAGGGAAUUCGUCAUGGAGGUUACUAUGGGUCAGCAUUCAGCUCAGGGAAUCGGUCCUAAUAAGAAGCUGGCCAAGAGAGCCGCAGCAGAAGCUCUUUUGGCUCAAUUAGGUUACAGUAAGCCACUGCCCACAAAGCCAUCAAUAAAAACAGGAGAGAGUGAGAACACUGAAUCGAAACCUCGGAAAGUUACCUUCUUGGAAGACGAGCAGAUCAAUGAAACUCCAUCUCACCCAGUUGGAGGAACAAUCGGACGUCAGUUAGUACCCGGACUUUUAUUAGUGGAUGGAGGUCAAGAAUCUAAAUUAGGUAGCGGACCUAGUGUACAAAUCGUUGCUGAAGAACUGCGAGGACAACAGCAACAAAACCCAGCCACAGUUUCUCCUAAAGAUCAAUUGAAAUAUCUCUCUCAGCUAUUUAAUUUCAGCGUGGAAUUCAAUGAUUUCCCUAAGGGUGCGGUAAAUAAAGAAUAUCUGUCGUUGGUAACGCUAAGUACGGAUCCACCACAAGUUUGUCACGGCAAUGGCCCGACAAGGAACGCGAGUCGUAAUCAAGCAGCUUUGAAAGCUUUACGCACUUUGAGCAAGCUGGGUCUUGAUAAUGCAUCCAAUUCGCAGACGAAAAAGGAUAAAGUUGUCGAAUGAACUAAUCGACGGGAAAAUGACAGUUCUCGGUCAGUCUCUCUGGGCCUUAUUACACGAUAACUUCAAACAUUGAAUCACCGAUGACUCGGUCUUCGCAUAUUACGCCGUUAACGUCUCUUUAACAUAAUGGACCGCGCGUAUUUGGAAGAUCAGUAGCUUUUACGGAGGAUCAGUCUUUUGCAGUGCCUUAAUCGCGUCAGGAAAAUUGCUCAAGCACCAAUAACCAUCGAAGUUAUUAAACAGGAGCACGAUUGAAAUGCCAUUUCUUUCGCGGGAGACGGAAGGGCCGAUCGUUCGCGGUAGUCCGUUCGGUAGACUGCCGCGUCGAUCUCGCAGCGUAAAUGGUACUAAGACUCCAGGAUUUUGCGCACGGCGAUCGCGCGUCGAGCGGUAUGAUUUCCAUGAAAAAUCUUUUCUACGCUUAAAAAGGACUGCAUUAUAGGGUGCGCGUACCUCGGGACAUAAGAAUUCUUAUUGGUGCUUGAUCAAGAUUGUGAUCCUAACAGUGCUCGUCGAUUCUACACUAUAUUUAUUAUAACAAUUUCAUUGAUAGGACCACAAUCGAUAAAUACGAGUCGCGUAGACGGCAUAACCGAAUGGAAAAGAAAUGGUCAUUCUCCAGAGAGUCUUGGUUUAUGAUCAUGAGUACAUUACAUAGAAACAUUUAAGCGAGAAGAAUAUUGAAAUCUGAGAUGAAAUGCGGCCAUCUCUUAAUUUCUCUAUUUAAUCCUUAGCUUUCUCAUUCUUCCGCGAAUAGAAUGUCUGUUAUGUCUUAUUACCUGAUACCGGCGUGUAUGAAUCAAUCAAGAUUUAAUUGGCGGAUCAUUGUGUACGUAGAUCCAUGGAAAAACGAUGAUGAAAGAAAUGCGAAUUCGACGAAAACGAUCUUACUACACGCAACAAACAUCCGACCGUUUUGUUAAACAAAACGGAGCCCGACUUAUUUAACGGUUAUUUCGAAAUUGUAUAUAAUAAUUGGUAUCCGAUUACACGAAGCGCACGUCUUCUAUACGAAAUUCAAUUAGAACCCGCUUGGGAGUAACGCGUUCGAAGUGUCUCCAAUCGAAUGUUCGAAAUUCUGUCAUUUUUUUAUCUCUCCGUUUAAGUUAAUAAUGGUCCACCGUGUUUCCGUUCGCCUUUGGAAAUUCAUUGGGGACUCUUUCGCGUGCUCGACAAAUCCGCGAGUUUUCGUUCAGUUUUGUAACAUUGAAGAAAGGUAAUGUGAUAUAUAUAUUCAUAUGAUUGCCCCAAUUUGCUUUUUCGUGGGGCCUAGAAGCAUUCUGGGGUUAGAAUAUUCGUGUUUUGCGAGGUAUUGAGAACUAAAGGACAUUCAAAUUUUCGUACAUCCGUUAUCCGCUCGAGGGGACUCGAGAGGACUCGAGAGACGAUUCUGGAUGUAUCGGAAAUUGUAGUAGAAAAUGGUAAUAAUUCAAAAUUUGUCCCGUUGCGUCGGAAUCGCGAAUAAGGGUACACUUCACCGCGGACUUAUCGAUGGUAUGCAACGUAACGACACUCCGAAAGGUCAUGAAUUUUGUCUUAUUGCCAGGAAUAAUUUGUAACGACGCCGAGACGACGAUGAAAAAAGAGAUACGCAAUAAUGAAUGAAGAUAACGUCGAGAAAUGAUGCUUAAUCGUAUCUCUGUCUACCUGUCGAUGAGGGAGGAAUACGAUAUCGUGGUUUUGCGCUAAAGACUUAUCUUAUAUUCAUUAUUCUCAUUAAAUUAUUCAAGGGAUUUCUCGAAUGUUAUUCGACGGUAACAACAAAGAGAAAGAACACACGCACGCGUUUAUCAUUCGAUUGCGGUCAUACAGUUGCUCUUUUUUCAUGAUCCGUAAGACAACUGUGUCACGGAGUUCUACCGAAGAAAAGAGAGAGAUCGAAGAAGAAGAAGAAGAAGAAAAAGAAGAAGAAGAAGAAGAAGAGCUCGCGACAAGAAUGACCCGUGUAAAAAGAUUCCGAGUUUCAGGAUACAAAUGAAACCAGUACCAUUCGUGUAGCGAGUAAACGAUAGAUUUCCGUUACGAGCGUUAGCAUAAACCUUUAGGAUGCGCCGUCAGUUUCGUUCUUCAAACGUUUUACACGGGUUGCUUCUUUCGCGAGCUCGUAAUCGCUUUUACGUGAUUGAGGAAAUUACAGUUUUGUUCCGAACAAGAAUUUCCCGUAUAGAAUUUUCGCGCGAUAAUUUACAAAAUUAUUUCUAUAGUUAUCACUCGUUCUCGAGUUAAUGAAUGUUCCUUUCUCCGAAAUAUUGCUUCAUAGAUGGGCCUUCCUCCUUCCCGUAGGAUUCACUGUUCCAAUAUGGAGGUAACGGUGAACGAAAGAAACGAUUUGUAUGCGCUAACAUCUCCUUUUCUUUCGUUCGGUUACGCGCGUUGUCCCCCGAGCGAAGGGGAGACCCGAGUUACGAAACGUGAAUCCUACGAAAGCGUAUCCCUGUUGCAGGACCUAUUUUAUCCGCGUAAAAUAUAAUACAAUAGUUAGUCGUAAACAAUAAGUGAGUAAAGUAUUAAACGAUAAGGUGUAUGAAAUGGAACUAUCUGAAAGGAAUACGAAAAGAUAAAGCCGAUAUCGAGAAACGUUGCAGAUACAUUUAGAAAUAAAACGUCAGAUUCGAAACACUUAUUUCACCAUGUUUUGCUUCUUCAUUUUCGGAGAAUUUGUGUCUGUCGAACAAUCAUGAUAUCGAUGUUGAAAAUUGUACGCUUACUUGUAAUGGUAUUAUAAAUUAUCACUUAAUAACAAUGUAUAUUUUGUUUCCAGUUUUAAAAAUUAUUAUUUUUAUAAG